GCGCCGCAAGAAUUUUAACAGUUACACCGCUUCCGUUGAGAACUUUAUGUCCUUCGUCGACAGAAUGCUGUUUUGAUAUAAUACAACAAAUGUGGAUAAAUUUCGUCUCAAAUGCCGGGGUAUGAUCGAUUCCAACCGUUUUUACGGGUGGAUAUCUGCUGCAGUUCAUCGCGGUGUUAAAUAUCUCGAUUUAAACAUCUACCUUGACAAGUUCAUUACUUUACCGGAUGUUCUGUUUACUUGCAGGACAUUGGUGAGUUUGAAAGUGGAUAAAGAUUUUGUUUUGGAUGUUCCAAGGGGUGUUGUUCAUCUUCCGAAUCUAAACACUCUUCAUCUCGAGUCAGUUAAAUUUUUGAAUGAUGAUUCAAUAAAAAACCUCCUAUCCGGCUGCUCCAAUCUUGAAGAUAUGAUCUUAAAACAAUGUUACAUGGAAAAUAUAAGCAAAUUCAAUAUUUCACAUCAGUUGCUUAAGAGAUUGACUAUAGAUUACUUGUAUGAUGGUUACCAUUGUGGUGCCACAACACUUUUUAGAGGGAUCUGCAAUGUUCCUUCACUUAUUUUGUGGGUUACUUCUCUCGAGCUUCUUUUAAGCUGUAAACCACUUCCUGUUUUUGCUACCUUUUUCAAAUUGAAGAUACCUUGUUAUGAUCUAUUCCGAGAGUACUCAUACAUUCGAGGUGGAAAAGGACUUGAAACUUUACUCUCAAGUUUGCCUGCACUUGAAAAACUUGAGUUUUCUCAGGAAGUUCUUUGCUUUCUUCCAGAGAACGUGCCUUCUUGCUUGUUGUAUAAACUCAAGGCCAUCAAAAUUACAAACUUUACAGAUGAAAAACAUUGUAUUGGGAAGGCAAAGUAUUUCCUAAAGAAUGGUGGAGCUCUGCAGAAGUUGACAAUACUUACAGCACCAGAUGUUUCUGUAGAAAAACAACUGAAGAUAUCCAAUGUGUUGUCGGCUUCACCUAGGGAAUCAAAGCAAUUGUGCAUCUUGAUUGUUUGA